AUGAAGGCGCUCAGAGAUUAUUUCCCUCUCCUCCUGCUCGUGGUGGCGGUGGUGACAGAAACGGGCGCUAAAGCCUCUGCCUCUGAGGAUGCUCAAUCUAUCACCCCGGGGGGCCCUCCGGAGAGCAGAGCCAGCUUGUACUCCACCACCCAGGACACGGACAGAAGACUCCCUGUGGUCACCACCGCCUCGCCUCUCAACAUCAUGAACCACCACCCUCUCUACAGAAAUCCCCCACAACACCAGGCCCCACUCGGCCCCCAUGUUCAGCCAAACUACUUUGAAGACAGCGGAGAAUCCAGCUCACACCCCAGCACUCGUACCUCCCCCACCGUGCCAUCCGGGAGUGCAUACUCCACUCCACAUAAUGCUGAUGAGAGGGCUUCAGGUGAGAGCGCCAAAGGCUCCAGCAUGCAAACAACCCUUGUCAUGCAUGCAUUAGAAGCCACUUCUCACUCCAACACCCCCAUUACAGCCACCAGAGUGGUUGUAAAGGAUCCAGGACAGGUUUCCACCAUCACCUCUGCUACUGCUACAAAGGAGAACCAUGUAGUGAGGCCAGAUCAGCCCGGACUGAGGCAGAAUGUGAGACCAGGCCGCAACGAAGAGGAGACCACCACCACCACUAUCACUACCACCACCGUAAUCACCACGAUGCAGAGUCCAGUUCCCUGCCAACUGAACCUGACCGGCCCAGAAGGAUACAUAGAGGCUCCACCACAGUCCAGCUUGGCCUUUCACUCCACUGUGGACUGCAGCUACAUCAUCACUGUUUAUAUGGGUUAUGGAGUUGAGGUCCAGGUGAUGAAUGUGAAUCUGUCUGAGGGCGACAAGGUGGUGCUGGAAGACGUGGGCUAUGGGGAGAACACCAUGCUGGCCAACGAGUCCAUUCUGAUGAGGGGGUUGGUGGUACGGAGCCACAGCAAUCAAAUCUCCAUCCGCUUCCACAGCCAGAGGUCCCAGGCCGGAUCCGUCCUGCUCAGAUACCAAUUCUUCGUGUUGAGCUGUGUCUUCCCCCAGCGGCCCCUUUACGGAGAUGUAUCAGUGAGCAGUCUCCAUUCUGGAGGAGAGGCUUUCUUCUCCUGCCUGACUGGUUACCAGCUGCAAGGCCCCAGUGUGCUGACCUGCCGCAAUGCGAGCACCCCCUACUGGAGUGGCAAGGAACCACACUGCCUAGCUGCCUGUGGUGGUGUGAUCACGAACGUCACAGUGGGUCGGAUCAUCUCUCCUGGUUUUCCCAGCAACUACAGCAACAACCUGACAUGCCACUGGCUGCUGGAGGCUCCCGGGGCCCAAAGACUUCACAUUCACUUUGAGAAGGUGGCAUUGGCCGAGGAUGAUGAUCGGGUGCUGAUCAAGAACGGUAACAGCAUAGAUGCAGCUGCCCUGUAUGAUUCCUAUGAGGUGGAGUAUCUGCCUAAUGAAGGUUUACUCAGCUCGUCUAGACAUCUAUUCAUUGAGCUGACUACAGACGCUACAGGCACAUCCACUGGCAUCGCCAUCCGGUACCAAGCCUUUGCAGCAGGCCACUGCUACGAGCCCUUCGUGAAGUACGGUAACUUGACCAGUAGUGACAACAGUUGGGCAGUGGGAGCUGUGGUGGAGUUUGCCUGUGACCCUGGCUAUACUCUGGAGCAAGGCUCUGUCACAAUUGAAUGCAUGGAUCCCAACAAUCCCCAAUGGAAUGAGACUGAGCCCGCCUGCAGAGCUGUGUGUAGUGGCGAAAUCACAGAUUCAGCUGGAGUGGUUCUCUCUCCUAACUGGCCCGAAGCCUACGAUAAAGGCCAGGACUGUAUCUGGGGAAUCCAUGUCGAGGAGGACAAGAGGAUCAUGCUGGACAUUCAAGUGUUGAACAUUGGGAAGAAUGACCUCCUUACCUUUUAUGAUGGAGACGAUCUUACAGCCAAGGUGUUGGGUCAGUAUGGAGGAUCGAAGUCUCACUUUAAGCUCUACACCUCCACUGCGGACAUCACCAUCCAGUUCCAGUCGGACCCUGCCACAAAUGUCUAUGGCUACGGAAAUGGAUUCGUUGUGCACUUCUUUGAGGUAGCUCGUAAUGACACCUGCCCCGAGCUUCCAGAGAUCUCGAAUGGAUGGAAGAGUGCAUCGCACCCUGAGCUGGUUCAGGGCACUGUGGUGACCUACCAGUGCUACCCAGGUUAUCAGGUGGUGGGUGCCGAGCUGCUCAUGUGCCAGUGGGACCUCACCUGGAGCGGUGACUUACCAGGCUGUGAAAGAGUGGUGUCUUGUGCCGACCCUGGAACGGUGGAUCACAGCAGGCGGGUGCUGUCUGGUCCCCAUUUCACUGUGGGUUCAACCAUCCAGUUCAUCUGCAACAAGGGCCUCACUCUGUCUGGAAACAGCCUGCUCACCUGCUUCAACCGAGGCUCCUCAGGCCCCAAGUGGAACCAGAAGCUGCCCAGAUGCCUGCCUGAGACCUUUGAGCCCUGCGGUCACCCAGGAACCCCCACCUAUGGGAUCCCCAACUCCGACAAGCUCCACUUCCAGGCAGGUGACACUCUCCACUACUCCUGCAUGAGUGGUCACCAGCUGCUGGGGGAGCCUGUUCUCCAUUGCAUCCCUGGACACCCGUCCCAGUGGAGUGGGCUGCCACCUGUCUGCAAAGCCAACCCUGCAGGUUUGGAUGAGCACAGAUUAGAUGUGUCUACUGCAGACGUCAGACUGGAGGGGGCCCAAGUGGCGUUUGCUGUCUUCAUCCCUGUCGUCCUUCUCCUCAUCUUCAUAAUUGGGAUGUACCUCUACUUCUCAAAGGUUCCGAGGAAGUCACUACAGCUCUCCCUCUCCUCCAACUUACCAUAUGAAAACAUCUCUGGAGAACCCACAAUCGACAGCUCUGUUUAUGAGACAACGAGGACACCUCACCGCCCCUGGAAAGGCUGGGCCACUGGAUUAUUUUUCUAGCUCUUCAACAGUUACAGUCCAGCAGCAGCAGUUUGUACAGUUUUUAAUCCCGUGCUUGCAUCCUGAGGACUUUCAGUGCAAGUAACAUCUCAGAAAGGAGAAGGAAUAGGUGCGAAGUUUGUGCCAUCAAGUGCAUAUAUCCACAGGUGUUGCAUUGUGUUAUGUUCAUUAUACACUAUUUGUCGUCUGCUUUCAUUUCAAGAACAAUCCCUAUGUGUUUAUGAGAUGUCUAUUAAGAGUAAGACCUGUCACAGAAAAAAAGGAACAGCAGUUGCUCAAAAUGAUUGCUCUUUGACUUUAAGUGACCCAUGAGAAAUCAGAAUGUGCCUUAAGGCCCUUUAAGGAAAAACUGAUGAGAAGAGAGGAGAAGACUGAUAUCAUCCUUGUGUGCAUGUUAAGACCAGAGCUUGAGUCACAAUGUUGUUAGCCUAGCUUAGCAUUUUACUAAAAGCAGGGGGACAUGGCCUUUUAAAGCUAAAAUGACCAUGUGCACUCACCAACACCUCUAAAAUGGUGCAUCUUUGCAACACAAGGUCAAAACAAUUAACAACUUGUGGUUUUGGGAUGUGGCUAGUUCAUGAGAAAAAUUCAUCAACUUACUCAUAUGAAAGUGAAACGUGCAUCUCCAUGCAAGUGAGAGUGAAACUUGAUUCUCUACAGUGAUUUGCUGAAACAGUGACAGACGAAGUAUAGAAAAGAAGGUUAAGCCAUUACCAUGCUGUGCAAUAUGUCUGCAAAGAAGACGACCAUUGUCGUAAUGUCUGAGAGUUCUCUUUUAUUGUUUUACAGUUCUGCUUGACGCAAAGCCAUUGGAGGUUUAUACAACGUUUGCAGUUGUUAGCUUGUGAGUCUUUACAGACUCAUUAGACAUUUUUUUAUACUUUAUCCAUCUAGUUUGGUGUCCUUCUUGCUCAGCUAGGCUUAACUCAUCUGUACCAGCUCUGUGUUUAACACAGACAAUAAAUUGGUAUUAAUGUUUCCAUUUUGCCUUGACAAAGAAAGCAAAUACGCCUAUUUUCCAGAGUGUUGAACCAUUUCUAAAACAGAAACUGUUAACAUACAAGUUAAGAUUAUACAUUACACGCCUCGUCAUAAACCCCAGAAAAUGUUUCCAACUCUCAUGGGCAUCAACGUUUCAGUUUAUAUUUUCAAAUGACCAAAAUGAUGAAUGUGUUCAUACUGUGUGUAACAUACAGAAUUAAACAGUAAGACAUUUUGAUUUCUUCUUUUAGUGACAUCCCAUGUGUUGAACUGUCUAAUAAGCUAAAGGGGAUUGCACACCAAGGUCAGCCAUUGCUUUUACAGUAUUACCAUUGCCUGAAUGCAGGUUAUGUCAGAAUUUAGAGCAUUACUGUCACUCAAACAUUCAGUAUAUAUUGUCCUAGGAGAAUACACUAUGUAUCCAUGCAAGCUGGUGUGACGACAAUGAUUAUAAUCAACCUAUUUUUGAUUGAAUGCACACAAAGUACUUACCAAGCGAACAU